UAAUAGAAGCAAACAGUAAUUGCUGUCUUGCUUGAUACGUGAUGUGUUCGCAGCUAGCUUGGUAUAGCAAAAGGUGUAUUUUUCUUCACUGACAUGCGAGGUUGACAGCAGCCAUGUGGACUUUACUUUCCAUGUUAUUGACACAGUCGACGGAAACAGUCGUCCUUUUUGUUUUGUCUACCGUGCUCACUUCGCUUCUCAUUGCAAGGUGCAGGUCGACUUCGGGUACAACUUGCUCAACGCAUCCUCCCGGUCCGUGGGCAUGGCCGAUUUUAGGGCACCUUCCGUCCAUACUCCCCGGCGGACAGCCGCAUCAGGCUCUUGCUCGUUUCGCCGAUAGAUAUGGACCGGUUAUAGGAAUUAGUCUAGGGCCGGGUCCAAAGACUGUCGUGUUGACUAGUCUGGCCGUUGUAAAGGAGGUUCUUGUUAAAAACGCUGACAGCGCUUCUGAUAGACGGAUACCGCCACUAAUAGGUCUGGCAUUUUCAACUAAAGGUAGCGUGAUAUGGGAAAAUGGAGACAAAUGGAAGUCUAGUCGACGGACUACGCUUACGGCAUUUCGGAAAAGUCUUAGUUCACCGUCAACUUUGGGUGCGACGGUGAAAAGUUCCUGGCAGCAUCUACGCGUCUCACUACAAAGCCUCAAUGGUCAGCACUGCAACCCAAGAUCAGAAAUCACCUCGGCGAUUGCCGAAAUCAUCUCUUCUCUGUGUUUCGGACAUUGCGUCGAUGUCCGCUCCGACCCUAAGAUAGCUGAUAUUAUGCAAGCCCAGCAUAAUAUAUCGAGGGGCCUGUCGGGCAUAUCUCUUGGGCAUAUUUUUCCACAUCUCUAUCACACACCGCUGUACAGUAAACUCCGCAGGGACAUAGAGCAGUACACUCAGUUCAUGAGAGAAGUUGUCAAAGAUCACAAGUUGAGACUGGUAGGGAAUGACGACGGAAAAUGCAAAGAUGGGAAUCGUAAGGAAUAUAUUACUGAUGUGACAGAUUGCUACCUACAGCAGACACAACAUGGCGGGAAAGUAGCUGUGGAGGAAGAAGACGUCUGGAGAGUGAUGUUUGACCUGAUGGGGGCCGGAACAGAGACAACUUCAGAAACCCUUCUUUGGGGCAUCCUCUACCUCUGUCUUUUCCCGGAUGUCCAGCGUCAGGUGCACUCGGAGAUUGACGAGAACAUGGCUCUAUACGGUCCCGAUGACGUCAUAAAUUACGACCAACGCAAAUCUCUGCCGUACACGCAAGCAACGAUACUGGAAUUACUUCGAUGCGCGUGCGUCGCACCGCUAUCUUUACCACGCGUUACCACGAGGGAUCUCACCGUCUUGGGUUAUUCCAUUCCAAGAGGGACGGAGAUUUGGGUGAACGAGUGGGCUAUCAACAGGGACCGGAACGUCUGGAAUAAACCGCACGAUUUCAAUCCGGCUAGAUUUCUAGACGACUCUGGCCGAGUUGACCCCAAAUUGAAAGAAUCAAUUAUUUCUUUUGGAGAAGGGAGGCGAAUGUGUCUCGGACGAUGCCUUGCCGAACAUAUGUUGUUUGUGUUCUUCACCAAUCUAGUACGAUGGUUUACUUUUCGGCUGCCCGAGGACUGCCGAGAAACUCCGAACGUAAACGAAGGCAACUUCGGACUCACGUACAGCCCACCACAAUUUGACGUCAUCAUAACGCCGAGGGUAUUCGGAAAUUGAAAUUCGCCGAUCUUGUCUUUGACUUUCCCCCUUUCUCUUUUAUCAUAUUUUCCCUCUAAUGUUUUUAUUUCAUAAUGUUAUUACUUUAUUUCCCUUGCGCCGUUGUCACAGCUAUGAACAUAUUACAUAUAAGCUAACAUUGUGCACUAAAUUUGACUACAAUUGAUACAAAUGAUACUAAGUAAACAUUAAGUGUUUAGCUAAAUAUAUUUAUAUGUAUAUUAUUUCCCGGUACUGUGCGGCUGCAAUUUAAGUUUUUUUUAAUGUUUUUAUUUCCCGCUAUAUACUUCAACAGAUCUAUGCACGAUUUUAACUAUAUCUAAAGGUUUUAGAAUUUUGCAGAAAAUAAAUACAGGUCCCACACUCGGGAAUACUUCAAGGUAAAGACCAGUAUUGGAAACGCCCCAAUUU